AUGAAAACGCCCGUUAAAGUUGCAGUCAAUCAUGGGCAAAGUAAUUUUGUGAAAGGAAGUAGUGGUGUGAAAGGAAGUAGUCCCAUAUGCAAUGUUCAAUCUACUGGAAGGAAUAAUGAGAAGACAAAGAUUGUGGAUGGGUGCGGCUCACCUUCCGUGCUCUUUCUGGAAUAUAAAGGAAAUACAUCAUUGGAUAGUCCAGUUGUUCUGACUCCUGGUUUUUUGAGUAUGUCUGAUGAGAUUGUGGAACGGAGCAUGAGAAAGAACAAGGAGUUUUGCAAAGAUGACAUACCAUCGUUCGAUUUGAGAAUAACACAAUUGAAUGAGGAAGAUAAGAGUAUGGAUGGUAAAGAAGGAAGCAAGCAAGUAAUUAGAUAUACAAAAAAAUCUGUAGCGGAAGACAAACUGAAAAAAACAAUUGGAAAAGAUAUUAUGGAAAGAAAAAUGGCGCAUGUUGAUGAGUUGAAAAAUGGGAAAGGUAAAAGGAAGGGGAAACUUGGACAAUUGGUGUGUUCACCAUAUGUAGAUCGGAUAACAGAUGUGGAUGAGGCGGUUAAAGAUGAUGAAAAUGUUGUUGCUCAAAGCAUAAUAGCUUGGGGGAAAGAUAAAGGGGAAGUUAUAUGGGAAACUGUUGAUGGUCAUGUAAUGCGUUUGGAAGCUGCACGUACGUUAGCUAUGAGAAAAAAAGUGCAUACCAAUGUAAUAGACGCGUGGGCUGCUUUCCUUAAUAAAACUGAAGAACUGAAGUCUGAGGGUUCUUACUCUAGGAUGUACUUCACAUGCGAUACGAUUACAGAUUACAUGGUUGAUGAAGCUGUAGAUAAGGAGCUAAGGUACAAUAAAUUCAGAACUAUGUUUGUAGCUGUGAUUAAUGACAUAACGGACAAACCAGAUUUGAAAACGGUGGACUUGGUUUUCAUACCAAUUGUUGUUGAUGAAAGUUACUACCUAGUGUGUUUUUGCUUGAAGAGGGUUGCAUUUUAUAUAUUUGAUCACAUCAAGAGGUCUGGGACAAUCGAGUCUGCAUAUGGGAAUAGACCACGUAUCCUGAAAAGCUUCUUUUGUCGUUAUCUGAAUAGUGUUGAACACAACAAAGCAAAUGUGUUACUUAAAAAAGAAGUUGUGGUUAUGAAAAUGAAGUGUCAAAGGAAUAUAGUUGGUGUUGAUUGUGGAAUUUUCCUUAUGCGACACAUGGAAAUAUACAUGGGAGAAGCGGCACAUAAAUGGGAUUGCAGUCUAUGUGUUGAUAAUAAAAUUCAAGAAAAGAUGUUGGGGAGGUUAAGGUAUAAGUAUCUGGAUAAGUUGAUGAUGUCGGAUUUUAAUGUUAUGAAGAAAACAUUCUUGAAGCAUUAUGCAGCUGUUAAAAAAAUGGAUAGGUUUGAAAGGAUGAAGGUGAUUGAAGAAAAGAAGAAGGAAAGCACAAAGUGUGCUGCAGUAGAAUGA